AACAUCGCAUCUGAAAACCACCGCACUUUGUAUGUGUGAAACAAAAUCUUCUGCCUGAGAGAAUAUCCUGUGAAGUUCUGAUGGUUUCUAGUGAUUUCGCCGUCGAUGACGUACCCUGUUGGACCCUGCAGCCCUGCAGCUGGACCCUGAGUUCGCCGAGGAGGGAUAAACGCUUGCAACUCUUAAGGCGAUCAGACCUCGCGCUGAAUACCAAUUUUCCAAUACCAAUAUUUCCAUUGGCGAACCUUCCACCUCAACCAGUGUGGACCAUACGCCGCAGUGCCAGAAACGAUGAGGAGCAGUGACCUUCCAGCCUUCCGGCGCCCGCGAUUCGACCCUCUCGGGAAAGAGCUCACAAGUGAUGGAGGCCAUGACAAUAUAGGAUGCCUGCCCGAUCUCAUCAACUUCAAUGCUGAGACGAAUCCGAACCAUAUCUUUUGUUUCCAAGCCAAGGCUCCAGAUACUCGCAACUCCGUAGAGGACAGCGAUGAAAGGUACGACGCCGACGUCGUUACCUUUAGACAGCUCAAGCACGCGGUGGACGCUUGUGCCGCUUGGUGCGACGAAAGAAUUCCCCAAGGGCCCCGGGAUUCGAAGCCUGCGCCAGUAGCUCUGUACCUGGAAAGCGAUGUCGGCCUCUUCAUAUAUCUUGCAGCGCUACUCUCAUCAAAUAUUCCGACGGUACUCUUGUCGGCCAGACUCAGCUCUGAGAGCGUCCGCCAUCUACUAAAAGAGACGGGUGCCCAGUCCAUCUUUUUGUCAAAACGAACAGAGCCAUUCAUAAGAGGAGAAGUGGCUGACUUGGUGGAUACGUAUGUGGUGGAGCGAUACAGCCGUUUCAUCCGUUCAAAAGUGGUAGAUGAAUCGGAGGAUGGCGUAAGAAGCAGUUCCCGUAUGAAGGUCGACCAAAAUGACACCGGGGUCCUUAUACUCCACUCUUCCGGGACGACAGGCCUACCGAAGCCGAUUCGCCUAACGCAUCGCUAUCCCCUUGGUUAUGCGGCCUGCCAUAAGUUCCCUCCGGAAGAGCCCAUCAACUGGAGGAACCUAAGUACUCUACCCUUAUAUCACGGCUUCGGACUUCUGGCGCCCUGUCUUAGUUUAUCAGUGGGUAUGAGCUGUGUCUUUCCGCCAAGUUCAGUCAUACCAGCUGCUCACUCCACGAUGGGACUCGUCUCGACAUUUGAUGUGGAGUCUUUGAUGACUGUACCCAGCAUUCUCGAAGAUAUCGCGACCAUGCCACAGGCGGAGAAAGAAAGAGCAUUUUCACUGUUGCGCGGGAUGCAUUUUGUGGCAGCGGGAGGGGGUCCACUAAACCCCAAUAUCGGUUCCCUGCUGGUUGAAAAUGGUGUCAACCUGCUCAACCAUUACGGGGCCACGGAGAUCGGGGCAAUUGCUCCAAUUUUCAAGCCCGGUCCAGACUAUGACUGGAGGUAUCUGCGACUACGGACAGACCUCGGCUUGGAACUCCAUCCGGUCGACUCUAAGGAGAGUCCUGAACGAUACAAACUCGUGGGGUAUCCGUUUGGUUGGGGUAGGAGUUUUGAGAUACAGGAUGAGAUCUUGUUAAGACCAGACUCUACGCAUUUGGACGUUAAAAUCCUUGGAAGACGGGACGACGUCAUUGUGCUGAAAAAUGGCGAGAAAGUUCUUCCUCGGAAUCUGGAAGAGACGUUGUCCCAAGACCCUGCAAUAAAGACCGCGGCGUGUGUGGGUCAGGGAUACUUCGAAACCGCCGUCAUAGUGGAACCAUCCAGCGAGCCUCUUGAGGAUGCGGAUGCUUUCAUCGACCAUGUUUGGCAGAGAAUCCAGGAAGUCAAUCCAUCAUUGGACCACCACGCCCGAAUAUCCUCGAAGCGAGCCAUCAUCAUCAAGCCUGCUGACAAGAGAAUUCCGCGUUCCGACAAGGGCUCAGUAAUGAGAAAAGAACUCCACCUGGUGUUCAAGGAAGAGAUCGAAGCAGCUUAUGCUGCUCUUGAGAGGGAGAAUUUGAAUGCAGAACCGCUCGAUGCGGACAACCUGGAGGACAGCAUCAAGAGCAUGAUAGAAAAAGUGAUGCACGAAAAGCUCGCAAGAGUUGAUCGCUGGCGGUCGUCCGAUGACUUGUUUGAGCUGGGAAUGGACUCGCUCCAAGCUACACGAUUGGCCCGUCUCCUAUCGUCCUCUAUUGAGCUCCAGUUCCCCGAGAAGCUUCGCGGAGAUCGCCUCACACCGUCCUUUAUCUACCAGCACCCAUCAUUAAUCAGCCUUGUCGGCGCUGUUCGUAAACUGAUCGAGGGGGGCCACGGUAGUUCUCCAAAGCGAGACCGGGGCGCCGAGAUGAGAGCUCUAGCCGAAGAAUAUAUAACACGUCUCCACAACGACAUCCGGUCGGCAAACGGAGCGUCCUUCCAUGCGAAUGGAUACCCUUCGGGGGCAGUGGUUCUCCUAACUGGGAGUACCGGGAAUCUCGGGGCUCAUACACUGGAAGCUUUGGUUCGAAACGGGAAUGUUGAACGCAUCAUCUGCUUGAGCAGGGCCAGCCAUGGCGAAGACUUGAAGGUACGUCAAGAGCGUGCCAACUCCAUGGCCGGUAUUGCUCUGGACAGCCAGGCGUGGAGCAAGAUCGAGUUGCUGGCGGCCGAUACGCAGGCCCCGAACUUUGGUCUCUCUAACGAUCAGCUUAGAAGGCUGGAGCAGAAUGUUACCCAUAUCAUCCACCUAGCAUGGCCGAUGGACUUCCAGCGCCAGCUUUUCAGUUUCCGUCCGCAACUGGAUGCCCUCGAGUCGCUCAUUCGUAUUGCUCGCUCCGCACACAGGUUACGCCCGCAAUUGAAGCCGAGGAUCAUGAUGGCAUCAUCGAUAUCCGUAGUUCGAUAUUUCCGCGACGGGCUGGCACCGGUUCCGGAGAAGCGGCUCGACGACCCCGAAGUAACCACAGCAAUGGGCUAUGCAGAGGCGAAGUGGGUAUGUGAACAGGUGCUAUCGCAUGUAGGAGAGGAAUUCUCGGAUGAAUGCACGCCCAUGAUCGUCCGGAUUGGGCAGCUCAGCGGACCGGAGCACAGAAAGGGGCUUUGGAAGGUAGAAGAACACAUUCCGGCAUUGAUCAAGGCCUCCCAGAUGGUAUCCGCUUUUCCUUUGCUGACAGGGAAAAUGUCGUGGCUUCCUAUGGAUCGCGCAGCCAAAUCUCUCGUGGAUAUCCUCUUCAGUGAGAGCCCUUCCGGGAGUUUCACAUGUAACCUGGAGAACCCGGUUCGCCAGCCGAUGUCUGACCUUGGGGCGUUUGUAGUCCAUGAGCUGAAGCUGGCGGAUAAGAUGAUCGCGUUUGAUGCGUGGCUCGGUCGUGUGAGUAACACUGGCUAUGCAGCGAGUCUCCUGGAUUUCUUCAGGAAUGACUUCCAGGCCCUCGCUAAUGGUGACGUCAUCCUGGACACGACAGUCGCCAGGAGCGUGUCGACGCACCUGCGCGCAAGCGGUGCAAUCAGCAAGGAUUUGAUCGUCGAAUAUAUCAGGCGAUGGAGAGAGAUUGGCCAUCUAUCAUAACACAUUCGUGCGAUGGUGAUUAGAUUCCAAUAAAAACGGCCUUUGUCCUCUAGACGCUGUAGGCGGCUGCGAAGAGGUACUCGACCACCAUGUUCAGCUGGAGACAACCUAAUAAACCUGUGCCCUUCCCUAU